AUGGCGUCCGAGAACAAGCCCUUUGCGUUGCUGGCCCUGAUACACCCCAAGAGCACCGAGAACAGGGAUAAGGCCCUCCAACUCAACGCCGGCCUGACACCCUUCUUCCGCCGCCCCAGCACGCAAUGCACGACACGCACCAUCUUCACGCCGGCGACGCGCCCCAAGGCGAACAUGGGCAUGGUCCCCGCGGCCGAGAAGGACACCAUGUUCGGGGUCGUCGAGAUCUGGACGUCGCGCGCCGCUCUCGACAAGGUCAAGACGACCCCCGCGCCCGAGUACCGCGAGUACCACACGACCGUGGCGCGCGAGGGCCUGUACGACGUCCAGAAGGACAUGGAUAUCUCCGAGUGGACACCGGUCGCUGGGUUCGUGGCGCGCAAGAAUGAGAAAGAGUCGCCCAAGGCCAGCAUCGUCAUGCUGGCCAAGUUUGUGUGCAAGGACAGUGAGGCCAGCAAGGCCGGGCUGAUUGACGUGCUCGGAAAAUUUUGCGACUGGGUCGAAGCCAACGAGUUCGGCACCUUGACAUACUGCGUCAUGACGAACAACAACGCCCCGGACCAAGUCCUCAUGGUCGAGCGGUACAAGGACCUCGCAUCGCUGGGCGUGCACGGCAAGACGGCCGAGUUUCGAGCCAUGGCGAGAGGAACAGGUCGCUUCAUGCAAGUCAAGAAGACGCUGCUGAGCGAGUGGGAAGAGCGGGACGGGUCUUUUGUCUCGAACCAGCCUGGUGGCGCGGGCGUCGGAGGACAGGCGAAGCUAUAG